AUGGCUGCGACCCUUGCUCGGAGCCCACCGAUGCAUACCGUACGGGAACGUGACGUUAUGGUUGUUGUUCGUCGUCAUCGUCGUCGUCGUCGGUGUCAACUACCGAAUAGGCUUCGGCCGGCGGCGACGGCUGAGACAGUGACAGCUCGGCGAUGGAUGGACGGACAGACAGACGAUAUCGGCCGAUCGUCCAAUCAGCUCUUCGGCUGUCGUCUUACCGAUGCACUUUACGACGUCCUGAGCCGAUGA